AUGCAGGCGCACAGACAGCAGCACGCCACCCCGCCGCCCCUCCCGCGGCUCAACACCCGGAGCUACUCCAGCUCCACCGCCUCCACCACCCACUCGGCUCUCCUCCCGCCCCCGUCUCCCCUCGGCGCCCCUGCCAGUAUUGGUAUGGGGCAGAGGAGCGUCAGCAACGCCUCUUCUGCCUCUGGCUUUGGUCUCACAGACGAGAUCGAUAGGCUGAGCUAUCUCUAUUCUCUUCGAACAGCAGUACUCCACCACCACCUCCUCAGCCCCAACCCUGGUACCCCCAAACCCUCCUCAAUCCGCUCAAAUUCUUCCUCUCGAGAUCCUCCCCUGCCAUCCCCUCCUCUCACAGGCACCUCCCCCAACGGCUCACGCUUUACAUCCUUCUCCUUCCACUCCGCGCCCUCUUACAACACUGCCCCCAAGCUCCCGGAUACACCCACCACUCCCACCACUCCGCCGCCGAAUCUCCGUCGAAAGAGUUCCGCAUGGACGUUGGGCAAAGGGCACAAGCCUGAGGGGGAAGGGUCCAAGUUGCCGAAAGAGUUUUUGCUCGAGUUUUGGGGGAUCCUCGGCGGGGAAGAAGGUGAUCAGGGAUGGAAGACGGCUGUGGGGGCGUUCUUGGGGAUGAUCAAGAAGGGCACCAAGACGCCAAGCGGUUUGAAUCUGCGAGAGAUUCCGACUAUCCUCGAAGCUUUCACAUCCAACAUCCCCCCUCCUUCUCCCACCUGCGCACCCCAGCACACGCACCAGUCCCACCUCUUACAGCUCCUCUACAACACCCUCCCUCGCUCUUCCCACUUCUCCCCCAUGUCCCGUGCCCAGACCGACAAAGACAGAGAGCUCCUCUCCCGUCUCCGCUCCGAAGUCCAAUCUUAUAUGCUCGCGCCGUCGCCGAACCCCGCUGGAGAUGGCGCCUCAAGCAACUUGACGACGCCUGUGGCUACCACGCCAAAAAAGAGUCCUGUCGGUCUUGGACGUCCUUCCGCUCAGUCUGUUGACGCAGUCAGGAGGAAGCCGAGCCCUAUCUGGGAUGGGGAUGUGAACGAGAUGAUUAACACUGUCGGUCAAGUCUGGGGAGUGCGACGGGAUGUGAUGGAUAGGGAUAUCUUGGAUAUCAAGUCUCACGGAAAGUCUGUCGAGCUUCUCUACAUGAACGAUCUCAAACGCGCCCUCACCGCCAUCUCCUCCCAGCCCCCUCCUCUCACCUCCUCCCAAAAGAGCCGACAAGCCUAUCUCUCCCAAGCAUUCACAAACAUCUACAACGACUUUCCCUCCCUCAACGCCCCCUCCGACCCCAGCGAAUACGCUUCCCCAGCCCGGGACGUCCCCGGCGGCGGCGCCGGCUUCUUCUUCAUCCCCAGCCGUACCGUCGAAGUCUUCGGCCGCCUCGCUUCUCGCUGCGCCGAAGCGGGCCACAGCGCGCGUACGCGAGAUUUGCUCGAACGUUGUCGAGAAGUGUGGGGCAUCAGCUCCCGCCGAGAGAAAGAGAAAGAGCUCGAAGGGCUCGUCGGGCGAUGGGGCGACAGUAUCGGGACCUCAGACGAAAUCCCUCUCUCGCGAACUAUCGCCGACGGCCUCAAACUCAUCUCUUCCGACCUCAAAGCCGGCGACCCUCUACCAUCAGUCAUGAUCCAAUACCUCCACAUCCUCCUCUCCCUCACAACCUCCAACCUCCUCACUAUAUUCCCCUCCUCACGCCCCCCUCCUCCCCCUCCACCUUCUCUGCUUAUCCUAUUCAACGCUGCGCCGCGUUUGUUUGCGUCUCAGGAGGAUUCGAGAAAGACGUUGAGCGAUGCGCAGGAUGAGCUUGUGGGAGCUGCUAUAGGCGAGUAUAUCGGGGCGGUGGAAGAGUACAUGGGCGGCGUCGGCGGUGGGGAGAAUAAGGGAUUGGUGGAGGGGUUGGAGAAGGUGGCGAAGUGGAUGGAGAAGGAAGUCAGGGGGGUCAAGAAGGCUUGGGGACGAGGACUCGAGUCGGCGCUCAACCCAGCAGCCAUCAUCCUCUCCCGCCAACUCCCCCUCUUCCUCGCCGAACUCCAAGCCCUCUCCCACCCUUCCCCCUCUGGCCAAGCGUCCGACAUCUUCCCCCUCUACGAAACCACCGGCAAGCUGCUCGAGCUGUGGGAAGAUCUCGUCAGAGAUAAGGAACAUGAUUUCGAGCUGGAUGUGUUCUUUGAGCCGUUUGUGAGGGGGUGGUUGAAAGAGACGGAAGGGUCCGAGGUGGAGGGGUGGGUAGCGAGGAGCGUGGGGAUGGAUAGCUGGGUACCGGAGGGCGAGAACAAACAUAGUCAGUCUGUCAUCGACCUAUUCGACUUUAUCCGUGGCUCGGCGAGUAUCAUCCUUCACGACCUGCCGUUGAGCGAGUACAAGCGUGCCAUUUACCUGAUCGACUACUCCAAAACCGUAUCAUUUGCCGUCAACCAAUACGCUUCCACCGUCCUCGCUCUCUUUGUCCACGAUAUCAACCCCGAACGCUCCCUCUCUCCAUCUGCCGAGCCCGCUUAUCAAGGGAUGUUGAGCGGGAAAGCGAGCUCAUGGUUGGCAAAAGGGCAGCAGGCGGUGAAGAGUCUGGAAAAGAAGAAGGUUGAUGGAUUCGUCGUCCCUCCUGCCGCGUGCGUAAAGCUCACCGACAUGGGAGCUGCCAAAACCUGCCUCGAAGACCUCACAUUCGCCCUCGAAGCCGCCCACACUGCCCGAAUCGUAAAGUCCCACCAUCUCGACACCCCCCAUACUGAGCGUAACGUCAACCAUGUCUUUACCGUCACUGUCGUUCGCGGCCAGGGUCUUUUGGGGAGGGGGCUGAAGGGUGGGGCGGAUGCGUUUGUUGUUGUUUUGGAUAAGGGGACGGGGGAGAGGAGGAUCAAGACGAAGACGAUCUUGGGGGCGGAAGAUCCAAAGUGGGAACAAGCUUUCGAAAUCACCGUCGGCGCUAUCAAAUUCCUCGAACUACAAGUAUUCGACCGACAGCUCGUCGGCAAACACGAACCCCUCGGUACCGCCUCAUUCAAACUCGACCCCCGCUCUUUCACCUCCACCCCCACCCGCGAUAUCGUCCUCCCCCUAUCUCCCCGCGGUACCAUCCACAUCCGUAUCAGCAUGGAAGGCGGCGAGAAGAACGACGUGCAGUAUCACCUUGAUGUUGCUGGACGAGCCUUGGAUAGGGCGGAGGGGGAUAUGAGGAGGGGAAUUGUGGAAAAGAUGGGAGAGUUUAUCAAGGCGCAGUUGAGUGUGGGGACGAUACAGGCAUUGAUGAGGCCUCUCAAGGAUAAGAAGAGGGGGAAGGUGCCGCUUAGUGAUGAUGAGAUCGAGACGAGCUUGUUGCCGUUGUAUGACUAUCUCAACGAUACUUUCUCAAUCUUCUCCGUCACCCUCACAUUCGACAGCCGCAUUCGACUCAUGCUCUACAUCUGGCACCGCAUCAUCGAAACCCUCAUCUCCCUCCUCGUACCCCCUCUCUCCGAAAAACCAUCCCACGCCCAGCCCCUCACCUCCCCCGAAGUCGACAUCGUCUUCAAGUGGCUCCAGAUCAUCAAAGCCUUCUUCAACGCUUCCGAAAACGGCGUCGAGCACGGUGUCCCGCUCUCUCAACUACAAGCCGGGCCGUAUCGGGAUAUUGUCAUGCUGGGGCAGUAUUUGGACUUGCCGACGCCGAGUUUGAAGGAAAGGUGUAGUGCGGCGGUCAGGGCUGCUGGAAAGACUGGGGGAAGCGCUGGGAGGAUCGAGGAUGGUAUGCGUGGUAUGGCUCUAGACGAGGGGCAGGAGGGAGAGAGGAUGGCCGAGGUGCUUUUGCGUAUUGCAAGGACGAGACCCGAUACCGGCGAUUUCCUUGCUCACGAAAUCGGACUUCUUACAAAAGCACGUGUCGAGAAACAGGCGGGCGUGCUUUAG